UUAUUCAUACAACACCGGUCUACAUAGCACACCGGUUUCUUGCCUGGGCUUUGUCUCGGGGAGGUUGCGGCCAUGAAUGUGUGGAGAAGGAGUGUGCGUGUCAGUUGAGCUCAAGAUGCUGGGCGAUUUGUUUCCUGUUUGAGUGACUGCCGUUAUGUAGAGAGGCUUUAAGUGGGUUGUUUCGGGGAAGACACUGCUGUGGUGAUAUAUUGUUCGGUCAGACCGUGGCGACCGAUCCAAGCUCAUCGACGAUCAUCAUCGAUACCGAUAACCUGAGUUUUAACCUCGGCCGUUCGUUCGGGAAACCACGGAUUUCGUUGGCCGCCCCACACUCUUAAGUGACUUCGCUGUCGCAGGAUGGGCAAGCUGAUAUUCCAAGUUCGUACACAAGUUGAAUAUUCUGUCUGAUGGGGGAAUGGGAUUGGUGAUACUGAAGGCCACGGCAAACGUAUUACAUAGGACCUCCAAGCGAAAAUGGACCAUCUCAUCCGUCUGCUCUCGACCACCUCCGGCGCCGAUAAGUCGUUCAUGCUCCUCCAGUAUUCCGCUAUCAUCCUCCGUCAUCUCGCUAGUCGAUCCAAAAACCCCACCUCCAAUAAGUCCCUCGUCCUUCGUCUGGCAGCCCUCAGUAAAUUGCUGUCCGACGCUCGGACAACUUAUCGACUGUGGGACUUGAUCUCAAUCAUCCAAUGGCUCCGUUCGCUGAAUGCCUUACCGCCAUCGGGUUCCAAGACGGUCCAAAUCGAGCGACUCCAAGUGAUCUCGAUGCUAAUAUACUACCCACUCGAACAUCUUUACUUCCUGGCAUCCAAGGGAGUCCUGCCGCUGUCGUCCCGACUGAUCAACAAGGCGGCCCUCUACUCUUGUCGGGCCUGGGCGGCCUACACCCUCCUGCACUUCUUCCACCUGUGGGAGGAGCUCAAGCUACUCGAGCCCGAGCGGCGCCGGCUCCAGACCCUCCAAGCGGGCACCGACUUUGACACGCCUCGCAAACCCAAUCCGGCCAUCGCGACGUCUCUCCAGGAGAUGGAGGGACGGAGAGCGGCAAUCAUCAACGGCUUGGUCGUCAACCUCGCUUAUACUCCACUGACCCUCCAUUGGUCCUUGCCUAGAGGCUUGUACGGCUCCGAACUCGUCACUGGGAUCUGCGGCUUUGUGGCCGCGAUCGCACAACUGAGAGCAGGCUGGAAAGCUUCUGCCGUCACUCCUUAAUACAGCUUUUUAUUUCCUUUUUUUUUGGGUUUUUUUGUUUUGUUUUUGGCCUCGUUUGCAUUGCUUACAGCUCGUCCCCCUUCGUCAUAUAUUGACAUACGCCCUUCUUCUUUCUCAACUACACAGUAAAAAGCCAUGUACCACUAAGCAUUUGCACUACUUCAUUUUUCCUCUGCCAACAAAAUUAUGCACGGAGUCUUUCAUCAACUUAGGCUUGACAGUGACUGUUUGUGGGAGGUUGCAAAGAAUUGGAUUGCUCAAGAA